GCUAGAAACAAAAUUUAAGUUCUUAAAAAACGCUGAUUAAACGAGGAAUACUGUAGUUUAAAGUCGUCGGUAUUGGUUUACUGCGUCAGCCCAGUGUGGAAGUUUGUUUUCUUGUUUCACUGCCGCUCUCUAGCUGUUUGAAAUGUAAUGCUUUUCAGUAGUUUAUCCGUGUCUUCAAUUCGCUAAACCGUUAUCGACAUAUGGCUAAACUGAAUGUGCAUUGCUAAGCAUGGAGGUAAAGGAGGUAGAGAGGUGCUGCUGUGUAGUCAAGGUGUCAGAGGCUUUUUCAACAAAGAAACCCGUGAGCUGCAGCGGAGUCAUCGUUCAUCCUCAAACUGGAACAGUGAUAUGUACCGGCCUUCCGUUUUCACGUUUUAUUACCGAUAAUGAGCCCUUCUCCUCGGACCGUGAGUUCCUGCCACCGCGCAGCUUCAGUGAAAAACUUAAAAUCCGCGUCAGCUUUUCUACUCAGCGAGAUCUGGACAGAAGCCGGCCUGCACGGGGAGAAGCAUUCACACCCUCCAGAGCCAAAACAACACGGCAGCGGGAAGUUGCAGCCCAGUUGCUGAUGCUGGUGAACUGCCUGGAGUUCAAAGAGGCUUUCAAGGCAGUUUUCCAGGAGGCUGACCAGUGGCGUUUCCAUGGUGAUGAAGAGGAUGAGGAGCUAUUGAGAGAUGCCCAAUUCCUCAGCUGGUUCGCUGUGCUCAAGACACGUGUGGUGGUCGAAAGAGGCACAGAUUCAGGGAGCAUCCCGUGGCAGAGGAGCUCAUCUCUCCGGAAGGGCUGCCCAGUUGUUGCAUGUGGUUCACCUUUCGGCUCCCUUUGCUUAGACCUCUUCAUCAGCACCCUCAGCAAAGGUAUCAUCAGUAACCUUGCCGGAGAGGACAACGCUGUCAUCCUCACAGAUGCCCGCUGUCUGCCAGGCACAGAGGGUGGAGGGUUGUUUGUGGUGGAAGGGGCAGACAGUGUGCGUCUUACUGGGCUCAUCGUGUCUCCAUUUGGUUGGAAGGCGAACGAGUGGAUAGGCCUCACUCUAGUCUGCUCAGUCCACUUGAUCUUCAGGAAUGUCAUCCGCUGCAUGAGCACUCAAGAUCCACUCCGGGAUGUUUGGCUACAUCCGGAAGAGGCAGGCCUCCACAUGUCCUCCACAGCCCAUGAGUCAAAAGCUGUUAAAUACCCCACUGUGUGCUUUGUGGACAGUGGGCUGUUCUGGGGCUCAGGGGUUGUUAUUGCCUCUCAGCUCAUUUUAACCUGCCGGCAUGUUGUCAACGGGAAGUCUACAGUCACCCUGAAGUUCCAUCACAGGGACAGAGUCCAUAAUUUUGUGGGUGGUGUGCUGUUUUCCACUGAAGCGUCUUCUCCCUAUGACCUGGCUUUGGUGCAGCUGAGAGGUUCUGUCCCAGAGGCUGUAGUCCCUCAGAUCGCUCAAAGUUUCAAUCCAGGUGAAUCUGUAGUUGUGGUGGGAUAUGGUGGUUUGGGUCGGAGCUGUGGUCCGUCCCUGACCAGUGGUGUCCUCUCCAAAGCCAUUAGUUUGAAUUACCAGCCCAUCAUGCUUCAGACCACUUGUGCAGUACAAGCUGGGGCCAGCGGGGGUGCUGUGGUGCGGGCAUGCUCAGGAGAGUUGCUUGGUAUCGUGUCCAGCAACACAAGGGACUUGGCUGCCAAAGUGACCUAUCCACACCUCAACUUCAGCAUCCCAGUGACUGUUUUCCAGAGAUUGUUGCAGCGCUUUCACCAGACAAAGGACGUUAAUGUAUUCAAGAUAUUGAACACCACAGAAAAAGAAGUCAGAAGGGUGUGGAGACUACAAGGUGCUCAAAGCAAACUAUAACUGAGGACCCCUGCAACAGUGUGUUAGAGAAAACAGUUGGAUGAUUACAUUGAAAUGAAUUAAUCAAAAUAUCUUUACAUAAUAAUAUUAAGAUUAUGCUUAUCUUUUUUAAACAAAACUGAUAUUUUUAAUUAUGUAAUUUAAUGUUUUAUACUUCGAUUAGUUACAAACACAGGCACAGAGCUGAUGGAGUAAAUGCAAGUAAAACAAGAAUCAUGGAUUCCAUUUGUUGAUACUCUCACCCAGAAUCAUACAAUAAAUAAUGUGAAAUAUAUUUAAAUAAAAAAACACUUUAUAUUAACAGCCAAAUUAAAGUUACUUU